AUGGAUAAAUAUGAAAUCCUUAAGAAAAUUGGAGAAGGAUCUUAUGGCAAAAUAUUCUUGGCAAAAGGAAAAGUGGAUAAUGAGCAAUGUGUCAUCAAAGAGAUUGAUUUAACUAAGAUGCCUGUGAAAGAAAAAGAAGCCUCGCAGAAAGAAGUCAUUCUUCUGGCCAAGAUGAAGCAUGCAAAUAUAGUCACCUUCUUUGCUUCUUUGCAAGAAAACAACAAGCUAUAUAUCGUGAUGGAAUACUGUGAUGGUGGAGAUUUAAUGAAGCGGAUAAAUAUGCAGCAUGGAGUACUGUUUGACGAGGACCAGAUUUUGAGUUGGUUUGUGCAGAUCUCCUUGGGCCUGAAGCAUAUUCAUGACAGAAAGAUUUUACACAGAGAUGUAAAAGCACAGAACAUUUUUCUUAGCAAUAAUGGAAAGAUAGCAAAGCUUGGGGACUUUGGCAUAGCAAGACAGUUGACCAACACCAUGGAGUUUGCCUAUACCUGCAUAGGGACGCCUUAUUAUCUGUCACCCGAGAUCUGUCAAAAUCAACCAUAUAACAAUAAAACAGAUAUUUGGUCUCUUGGCUGUGUGCUCUAUGAGCUGUGUGCACUAAAGCAUCCUUUUGAAGGCAAUAGCUUGCACCAGCUGGUGCUGAAGAUUUGCAGAGGAUAUUUUCAGCCCGUGUCUCCCAAAUAUUCGUAUGAUCUGAGGAUGUUAAUUUCCCAGUUGUUUAAAGUAUCUCCAAGAGAUCGGCCAUCUAUGAAUUCUAUUUUGAGGAAGCCCUUCUUGCAGAAGCUUGUUCUCAGAUAUUUGCCCCCUGAGUUAACACAGGAAGAACUCAGUCUCACUGUGAUACACAGAAGAAAGCCUUCAGCAUCACAGCCUGGAGCCAAGCUGAUACAAGAAUGUAAGCUUCAAAAAGGGAGAGUCAUGGACGAAGUUCCUCCAGAAUCUGGAAUGGUGGCGCCUGUCAAGACGCAGGAAUUCUUUCAAAGAAAUGAAUGGAAACCUUCAGGAGGGCAGCAGCCUCAGCCACAGAGCUCCAGAUUUAAGAUGGCAGAAAGGCCAGAGAAUACGAGAGCGCAUGGCCAUUAUGGUCAUUACUAUGAUAAACUUGACAGCUUGCAGAGGAAAGGUAAUGCACAUUAUGACCUUUCUCACAUCAGCCAAAGAGUUGAGGAAUACUAUAAACAAAAAGGACAAGUUGCACCUCCACCUCCCCCACCUGACGGGCCUGCAGAAUAUCUUCAAAGGCGUUUUGAAGCCCAGCAGUACAAGAUUAAAGUGGAAAAACAGCUGGGACUGCGGCCAUCCUCUGCUGACCCAUAUCAUGACCAAAUACAGCAGCAGAAAAUAACGGAAGAGCAUCUCAAAUUGCAUCAUCAGGACGUGUCUAGAAAGAAUGAAAUGAAAGAACAGGAGUACCUGAAACAGUUACAGAAAAUUCGGGAAGAAUACCACAGCAAUAUAAAAGAAUUCAGAUUCAGAGCAGGAGUACUCCAGGACAAUCAAAAAAUACAAGAUAAAACCUAUCUGGUGAGGCAAGGGAAAGCUGAGAACCAGUCUGAAAGCACGGAUACAGCUGGAAUAAAAGAAGAAUCACUUGAGAACAUGGAGGAAAACUUUGAACAAGUCACACUCCAAGAUAGGCAAGAUCAAAACAUUUUGGAGAAGGAAUAUAGCACAAAGGGAGGAAUAAAGUUUGAAAUUAAUUUAGAUGAAUGUGUUCCUGAGGAAGACAACAUUCAAGAAGCAGAGGUACAAGAUAAAGCCGAUGAGAUGUUAACUUUUGUGGAUAUGGAGAAUCUUAAGGAGAAACUGGUGGAAGUUCAUGAAGAUUCCAUGGACGGGGCUUUGGAAGAACUUUCUGGAUACCAAACAGGGUCCAGUGAUGCAGGUGAUACUGAAGAAAACAGGAAGCAGUGGCAAACUGGAACCCCCCAGACACUACUGAAUUUUUUAGCCAAUGCUGAUGUCACAUCUGUACAUCCUAUGGCUGAAAAUGAAUUUUCUGACCGUGUCAUUCUGCCUGAAGACAUCACAGAGCACAGGAAGCAGUGGAAACAAACAGCACCUGGGACACUCCUGAGCAUCUUAGCAAAAGCAGAGCUGUCUAAUGCCUCCUUCAUCCAGCUUGAAGAAGAAAUAGAAGGGAAAUUAACCCUGUCGCCAAAAGAAAGCAAGGAAGAUGACUCAGAAAGGUGCUCCAGUGUUGCUGUUGAUGAUGGUAGACUUGAGCCAAGAUCAGAUGAUGAGGACACAAAUUUUGAAGAUUCUGAAGACGAACUGAGACAUGAGCUGGAAGAAUCUCUGGAAAAAGUGGGAACUCCUCUGGCAGAGAGAACCAUAGAGUCUUCCAUGCUUUCAAUAAAUAAAGGUCAAACACAUGAAGAAAAGAUGAGCUUAACUAGCAAACUGUUUGGAAAAGCUGAUGAUGAUUUAGAAAAUAACUGUGAGUCCCUUAGUGUUGACACAGAUAAUUAAAAAGUCAAGCAAGAAGCAACAGCUACGUAGAGCACCAGCAUGAUUACUGUUUCAGACCAUUAAUAUCCUUGAAAUUUUAACCACAUCAAUGACAAAUUUAAAAAAAACAGGUAGCUGACAUUAAAUGCCAAGUAAAUCAGCUACUCUUCAAUAGAGUUAAGCAUUCAAUUAAAAUUGAAAGGGUUUUUGCCAUUUUUUUAGAAGGAAAAAAAACAUCAGGCUAAUUUUAGAUGUCUACAUUUUGAAAAAUUGCGAUCCAGAUUAAAAUGCACUUUUCUCUCUUGUUCUAAGCUACCUGGGACAUCUCUGACAACACUCGUUUGGGCAAAUUUCUGACUGCAUACUCUUUAACCAUUUUUGUAUCACUUCAGAAAGGCUCCUACUCAGUGGAUUUUAUUUCUGUAGAUCAAUCAACAUCCUGUUUUAAGAAACUUUUCCAGCUUCUCAUAAUCUGAGUACCACUAAUGAAGCUUUAUAAUUCCAAUAGUUUAAUUUGCAUAGCACUGACUGCACACAGAACUUCCAGCUAUUGAGCAGUUGUAUACAGUAGGAGUAGAAGGUUUUACUCGCACCAUGAGAAUCGCGCGUUCCCCAGUUCCUAGCAUAGGACAGGGUUCCAGUGGUUGAACAAUGAGUUCUUCCAACCAUAUUUUCACAGUGUCAUUAAUUCAGAUGAAGUUUAAAUAAAGGAAAAACAAACAAAAAAAACACAUUCUGAAGUGAUUUUAGUAGCUUUCUGCACUUCUCAGUUUGCUAUGCAACAUAAAAUACUGCUGUGAUGGCUCAAAAUCUCCACUUUUGAUAUGAAAGCAAAUGCUUUUUUUUAAUAUGUUGCUCACUUUGUUCUCUUUUAUAACAAGCAGUAGCUUAGAGCUUUAAAGUUCUUAUUUGAAUACCAUCUAAUUAUGUUCUCUAAUCUAGACCCUUCUAUUCCCAAGGAACAGAAAACUUUUCAGUAGAAUAGGGCUAGAAAAGUACCAUUUAUCAUACUGUAAAAGGACAUGAGGUAAUAGCUAAUGUAAGGAGGAUAGACAAGUGCAAUUAUUACACUUAUCAAAAAGCAAGCUAGCAAAUACCAUGGGAUUAAUCUAGAGGAAUCGCUGGAGGUAACAAAAUCUCAUUCAAGCCCAUUUGAGAAACAGCUAGUUAACAGCUAGAAAAAAAACUUCUGGGUACAAGAGCAAUCAAACAAAAAUGUUGAUCUAAAAAAGUGUGGCUGUAGGUAAAGUGUCAUGAAAUGUGUAGAGACUGACUGAAAACAAACAAAAAAAAACGAUCUUACAGAUGUAGUUCUGUUACCCAGGAAAGCA